GGUUUUUUAUUGAAAAUGGAAUAUUUAAUUUCAAGACAAGAUAUAAAUAUCUUCAAUGGAUACUCCAAAGAACAGUGCAGAACUGGCAAGCAUAAAAUUAUGAACGCAUUGAAGACUUUUGUGGUAUUGGCCUCCCUUAUUGGCUUGACCUUGGCCGAGGACUAUUGCAACAAAGAUUUGUGUUGGUAUGGAACACACGUUGCCUGUGGCCAUAAUGGGCAAUUCGCCAAAACAUGUCCCAAAGAUGCUGCCCUGGUCAAAAUAGAUCAAACCUUGAAAGAUCGCAUUGUGGCUGACUUCAAUAAGAAACGUAACUUCAUUGCUGGUGGUGGUGACUCGAAUCAUUCUCCUGCCUGUCGCAUGGCCACAAUGGAGUGGGACGAUGAAUUGGCCAAAUUGGCUGAGCUGAAUGUCAAGCAGUGUGAAAUGGAACAUGACGAUUGUCACAACACUCAGAGCUUCCCAGUGUCGGGACAAAAUCUUGCCUGGAUGACCUACUUUGGUACACCCCACAUUCCAAGUCUUAUCGAUGGUUCGAUUCAAAUGUGGUAUGAUGAACUCAAGGAUAGUAGCAUGAAAUACAUCAGGAGCUAUCAUCAGCAUGAGGAAAAUGCUGUCAUUGGUCAUUUCACCGCCAUGGUUGCUGAUCGCAACUAUCGCCUGGGUUGUGCUGCCUCUACCUACACCGAAACUGGCAAAGAUUAUUCAUCGUUCUUGUUUGCCUGCAACUUUGCCUUCACCAACGUUUUGGACCAACCCAUCUACACUGACUGCGCUAAAGCUGGUACGGAUUGUGCCACUGGUGCCAAUCCUAAAUAUCCUAAUUUGUGUUCAACAUCGGAAAAAUAUAAGGUUACCUUCUUUUAGGUUGCGGACAUGUUAAAAAUAAAAUAAAAUAAAAUGUAAAAAAAUAAA